AUGGCCGAGGUGGAGUUCCUUCUGCAGUGCCAGUUUUGGGCGAAAUUAAAGGCUGAGAAAGAAGUCGCUCCUAAGGAUGAAGAUCUCGAUUUCGUACUUAGUAAUAAUCCAUUAGAGGCCCUUGCUAAGGGCGAAGCACCUAUUUUUAAGGCAUACCUCUGCUAG